AUGGCACCUACCCUCUACCCCCGCGGCACGGUCAAGAAGAUAGUAAAAGCGCAUUCGAACCGGCCGCUUAGCAAGAAUGUUGAUAUUCUCAUCUAUCUGAAUUACGUGUUAUUCAUGCAAGAAUUGAUUAAUGAGGCGAGUAUCAAGAGUAAGCAGCGUGGGGAGAGGGGUAUCUCGGCGAGGAAUGUGAAGAGAGUUAGUGAGGAUGUGUUGAGGAAGUACAAGGGGUAG